AUGUCGAACCCUCAGCUGCACACCCUCCACCCUCGGGGCCAUGGGGGAAAUCCCUAUCUUUCCUCCGGGGGAGUUAAGGGUUUAUCUAUCAGUGUUGUUUUCACCACAUUAGCCACAUGUUUCGUGCUUGCCCGUCUGUACACGAGGGCCAGACUGAUGAACCGCAUGGAGGGGAAUGACUGGAUGAUUGUGAUCGCCUUGACGUUUUCGUACGUCUUCAUGGCCUUGUUUAUAGUGGAAGCCCUAAAUGGGGUCGGUAUGCAUGGUGCGGACAUUCCACCUCAUAUCCUCAUAAAGCAGAUGAAGGCCUUUUGGGUCACGAUUCCCUUCUAUAACGCCGCCUUACUCUGCGCCAAAGCUUCCAUCCUCAUGCAAUAUUUCCGCGUCUUUCCGAUCCAACGCAUGCGCCGUAUCUCGUGGGUCAUGAUCGGUAUCCUAGCCACUUACGGGACUUGGGCGGUCCUAAGUGCCUUUCUCAAUUGCAUUCCCGUGGCCAAAUUCUGGGACCCAACGAUCCCAGGGUACUGUCUGAGCAUGAAGGGGCUCUGGUUCUCGAAUGCCUCCAUGCAUAUCGCCACCGAUCUAGCCAUCCUGAUCAUCCCCAUUCCGGCAUUGGCAGCUCUUGAUCUUCCCAAGAGACAGAAGAUCGCCCUGAUAUCCAUCUUUGCGCUGGGUGGAUUUGUGUGUGUCACCAGCGUUUGCCGUCUCGUUGCCUUGAAAAAGAUUGCAGAUUCGGACGACCCCACCUACGACAACGUUGACGCAGCCACCUGGUCCGCCAUCGAAUGCAACACGGGAAUCAUCUGCGCCUGUCUACCAACCCUACGGCCUCUGAUCUCUCACAUUCUACCUCAUCUGCUCUCAACUCUGAGUCACGGCGGUCCAGCGUACGUCAAUCGCCCUCCAUCUCGAGCACAGCCCCCCACCUACUGGCACGGCACCUGCACUGUAUCCACGACCAUCACGGCCAUGGAAGAAGACCUGGAACCCGGCCGUUGUAUCUCCCCCUCUGCUCCUGCGGAUCGCAUCUUAACACUGGCCCCUGGGAUGGACGCCAGCGGGAAGGAGAAACUCAUGGUGAAAGACGCCAAGGGAGUCGAGGAGCUCAAGGAGGUCGCUGUCACUAUUGAAUCUCGGACGGAGUCUUCUUCGUCGUCACCGUCACGGUGA